AAUUUACAUUUUUAUAUAUGAUUAUUGAACAAAGUAACAAGAAAAAUAAACUAUAUAACAAAUUUACAUAUAAUUAGUAUUUACUUUUUAAAAAACUUUAUCAUAUUAAAAUACAAUUUUAUUUUUAAUAUUAUUUAAUAUAAAAAAUAUUAAAAAAAUAAAUCACCUACUUAUUCUCUUUCCCUUUCUCUUUUUUCCAAAUAAAAACUUCUAUCCAAACAGGACUUCAAAGUUUUUAAUUCAGGAUUGAGCUUUUCCAUAUUGCACCUUCAUCCGCGUCAUAGAUUUUUCUCUUCAAAUAGGACAAGGAAAUUUGGGAAGACCAAAUGCAAAGGGCGUGGCUAGCCUAGGAACCAUCGACUUCCUCCUCCUCCGCCACCACCACCAACGCCAACAGCUAGCUCUCCGAAAGGGAACUGGCAUUGAUGAAUCAACCACCACCUCUUUUAUAAUUAUUACCUCCUCCCAAAUAUUUCAACUUUCAAGGAUCCACCAUAUUCCCAGAUUCCAAAGAUCCUCGCAGAACUCUCCUAUCUUGCAGUUUCAACGAAAAUGGCUGGAAUUUCAGUAAAAUGGCUGCUUCUGGCUCUCUCAAGCCAUCUAAUCUUCACAUUUGCCUUCUCUACAAAGAACCCAUCAAGCAGAAAGACUUACAUCAUCCAAAUGGAUGAAUCUGCAAUGCCGGCUCCCUACUCGGAUCACCUCAAGUGGUACUCGUCAAUAGUGAAAUCAGCAGUCUCUGAACUUGCAACAGGGGGUGACAGUGACGAAGGGCGGGUUAUUUACAGCUACCAAACAGCUUUCCAUGGAGUAGCUGCUCUGCUCAGUGAAGAAGAAGCAGAGAAGCUUCAGGAAACACAGGGAGUGAUGGCAAUUUUUCCCGACACUGUUUACCAGCUGCACACCACAAGAAGCCCCACGUUCCUGGGGCUCGACCGAGCCAGCAUAAGCGUCUGGGCUGAAAAAAAACCUGAGCCUGAUGUGGUGGUGGGCGUGCUCGACACUGGGAUUUGGCCAGAAAGCCAAAGCUUCAACGACACAGGCAUGGGGGCCGUCCCCGCCCACUGGAAGGGAGCCUGCGAGACCGGCCGAGCCUUCACUAAACAGCACUGCAACAGAAAAAUUGUGGGUGCGAGGAUCUUCUACCGCGGGUACGAGUCCGCCAACGGGCAGAUUAACGAGCAGGAGGAGUACAAAUCACCGAGAGAUCAAGACGGGCACGGGACUCACACGGCGGCCACGGUCGCCGGGUCCCCUGUUCGCGGCGCGAACCUUCUCGGUUAUGCUUACGGGACCGCACGAGGGAUGGCACCCAAAGCGAGAAUCGCCAUCUACAAAGUGUGCUGGGCCGGCGGCUGCUUCAGCUCCGAUAUUCUCUCGGCGGUGGACCAAGCGGUGGCUGACGGCGUUGGUGUGCUGUCAAUCUCGUUGGGCGGUGGCGUUUCGCCUUAUUUCAGGGACAGUUUGUCCGUGGCGGCUUUUGGGGCGACGGAGAUGGGGGUGUUUAUUUCUUGCUCAGCCGGAAAUGCAGGGCCGGAUCCAACCAGCCUCGCAAAUGUCUCUCCGUGGAUCACCACCGUGGGAGCCAGCACCAUUGAUAGAGAUUUCCCGGCGACUGUUAAAUUGGGAAAUGGUAGAAUCUUAAACGGGGUUUCACUUUACAGAGGAAGAAGGAAUUUGUCAACAGGAAAACAGUAUCCCGUGGUUUAUGCGGGCGGAAACUCGAGCUUUCUUACUCCGAGCUCCCUGUGUUUAGAGGGAUCUUUGGAUCCUCACGCCGUCGCCGGGAAGAUUGUAAUAUGCGACCGCGGCGUAAGCCCCCGAGUUGAUAAAGGUCAGGUGGUUAAAAAAGCGGGAGGACUGGGGAUGAUUCUGACGAACACCGAAGCAAACGGGGAAGAGCUGGUCGCCGACUGCCACCUUCUCCCCGGAGUUUCCAUCGGAGAAAAAGCCGGGAGAGUAAUCAAGCUUUACGCCUCGAGUCCAUACGCAACCGCAACUCUGAAAUUUCUCGGCACCAAGGUGGGGAUUCGGCCGUCUCCGGUGGUGGCGGCGUUUUCGUCCAGAGGACCCAAUCCCAUCACGCUCGAGAUUCUGAAACCAGAUAUGGUUGCGCCGGGAGUGAACAUUCUCGCCGCUUGGAGCGGCCUCGCCGGUCCUUCCAGCAUGCCAACAGACCGCCGGCGGGUGAAAUUCAACAUACUGUCCGGAACAUCCAUGUCCUGCCCGCAUGUGAGCGGAAUCGCCGCCCUGAUCAAAACUAAGCACCCGGAUUGGAGUCCGGCGGCGAUUAAAUCAGCAUUGAUGACCACCGCUUAUGUUCAUGACAACACCCAUAAACCCAUUUUGGAUACCUCAAGAAACGCACCUUCAACCCCAUUUGAUCACGGCGCCGGCCACAUAGACCCAUUAAAAGCCCUAAACCCUGGGUUGAUCUACGACGCCGGCGCACAGGAUUACUUUGAUUUCCUCUGCACACAAGGGCUUUCUCCGAUGGAGCUGCAAGCGUUUUCCAAGAAAAGAUCCUGCAGAAAUCUAGCCAACCCAGCGGAUCUGAACUACCCAUCAAUCUCAGCCGUGUUUCCGGCGAAAACAUCAAUUUCCGCUCUGACCCUUCACAGAACGGUGACCAAUGUCGGCCAUGCCUUCUCGAAAUACCGCGUUUCAGUGUCACGAUUCAAAGGAGCAUCCGUAAAAGUUCAACCAGAAACCCUGAUCUUCACCAGAAAACACCAGAAACUGACCUUCAACAUCACUUUCAUCACAAAAUCUAGGCAACCCUCGCCAGAAUUUGGGCGUUUGGUGUGGAAAGACGAAAGUCACAUCGUGAAAAGCCCACUUGUGAUCACAUGGCUGCUACCAUUAUAGCUUGAAUCUGGUUUGUUUCGUAAUAAGCAGCUGUUAACUGUUUCGUAGAGAGCCCUGCGUUCACUAUUUUUAUUAUUUGCAAUGCUUUUCCUGCUUUGUUUUGUUUGUUGCCAUAAUUUUGAACCGUUCAAUACUGAAAACCAAGAAAGCCAUUCUCAGUUUCUAGCGAAUUGGAACACCAAACUAUUAAUUUUUUGUGUUAGAAUGGAAUAAAUGCAACAGUUUAUAUUAUAUGAAA